ACGCAUCUCACUUUAGACGUACGUUCCGGCUCCGUGCGUAUUACGUCAGUUGGUUUUCAUCUCGUUUCCCCUAUGGUUGGAGACCAAACCAGCUAGCUGAAAGCUAACUAGUUAUAUUUCUUUAUUCUUCACGGUUUCGAAAACGCAGUUAUCAUAAGUUCUGUUUUGGUGUCUGAUUCUACAGGAUAUUAUUUAUCGUUAAAUUCCCUCCGACACCGUUUUCUUUCCGCUCCCGGAGAAAACACUGAGCCAUGUACAAUGGGAUUGGCCUGACAACUCCACGGGGCAGUGGCACCAAUGGAUAUGUGCAGCGCAACCUGUCGAGUCUGCGGGUCAAACGACCGCGGGAUGAGCGCGGCGGUGAGCGGGAUGAGAAGGACCGGGAGAGGCUGGAGAGUCAGCUCAAUAGGCAGCCCAAUGCUGACAUCCUUGAGCACCAAAGGAAGAGGCAGCUGGAGGUCAAGUGUGCCGAGCUACAAGACAUGAUGGAGGAGCAAGGGUAUUCUGCUGAGGAGAUUGAGGAAAAGGUGCACAGUUUCCGCAUGAUGCUGCAGGAAAAGCAGGAGCCGGCCCCUGCCACCACUGAGAGACCAACGGUGACAGAGACUCAUGCCCUGGCUGCGGCCAACCAGCAGAAGAAUGACCGUCUUCGUGCUGCAUUUGGUAUUGCCAGCGAUUACGUGGAUGGAUCCUCUUUCCAUGCCGACCGCAAGGAAAGAGAGAAGGAGAAGAGAGAACAGGAACGCCUGGAGAGGGAGAAGCUGCAGCAGCAGAAAUACACGUUGGUGGAAGAUUCAGACGAUUCAGAUUCUCCUCCUAAGAAGCGCAGUCGGAAGAAGAAAAAGAAAAACAAGAACAGGGACAGCUCAGAGAGUCCCUCCCCAUCUCCUCACAGAGAGAAGAAGAAAUCCAGAAAGAAGAAAAAGAAACGUGAGGCAUCUGACGAGGCCGAAGAAGAAGAUAGUUCCUCAGAUGAGAAACAGAAGGUGUCAAAGAAGAAUAGAAAAAAAAGCGAAAGUGUUAGUCCUCCAAAAGCGAAGGCAGUGCGACGCAGGAGUGUCUCCUUCAGCUCUGCUCACAGCCAGUCUCCAGCUCCAAUGAGGUCACGUCAACUAGACCAAACAGCAAGAAAAGCUGAUGAUGGAAGAAGGGAGAGAUCGCCAGAUAGGAGGAGACGAGGCUAUGAGGAGCACAGCCCACAUCGUCAGGGAGACGUGGAGAGAGGGAGGCGCUCCAGGAGCAGAGACGUGGAGAGAGGGAGGCGCUCCAGGAGCAGAGAAAAGAGGGACAAAGGAAAGGAGAGCAUUCCUCAGAGGAUCAGACAUGACUCCUCCACAUCCCCAUCUCCUCCUCCUCGUCCACCUAAACAGGAGACCAGGAGGGAAAGGAGCAGAGACACCGAGCGGGAAAAAGACAGGAAUAAACAGGACAAAAAGACAAGACACGACUCCUCAUCCCCCUCUACUCCUCCUGAAAAGGAGAGAGCAACGGGGGAGAGGAGUGGAGAGAGAGAGCGCAGAACUGAGAGAGAUCUACACUCAAGGACGCCAAAUGAAAGGGACAACAGGAAAGACACUGGGAAAAAACAGGAGAGGGAGGCAUCUCCUCGCCAACAGAAAAAUGACAGGAGAAAGGAUUCCCUGUCACCCACCUCUCGCUCACCUGUCACCAAUGGACGUCAAAGAGAGAGGGAGAAUGAGAGGAGAAGAGAAAAAGACAGGGAGAGUACUAAGGAGAGGGACAGGCAUCUGAACAGGCAGGGGGAACAAGACAGAGAACGAGGUCAAGAAGGCGGCAGAAAGAGGGAUGAUGUUGUCAGAUUGUCUGCAGAAAGUAGACGAGAUGGAUCGAGACCUGCGGAGAAAGGCACAAGCGAAAGACCAGAAAUGAAUGACAGGCAGGAGAAGACGAGAAGCCCUCUAAGAAAGGAGAAAAGUGAUGAGAAGGCAAAACAGGCUGAGAAAAGGAAAGAGAGCAGCAGCAGCAGCAGCAGUAGCAGUAGUGGUAGCAGCAGUAGCAGUAGCAGCAGUGAUAGUGACAGUGAUAGCUCCUCAUCCUCAUCUUCAUCUUCAUCUUCCUCUUCAUCCUCAUCCUCUGAAGACGAGGGCAAGGUGAAGAAAGCUGGGUCAGUAGGAAGGGAAAAGGUUAGCCCCAUGAAAAGUGCACCAGCUGCCAUUGGAGCUGCAGUUCAAAGGUAUGUAGCCAAUGGUAGAAAGGAAAGCUCUGCCUCUGCUUCUGAGGGCGACGGAUCCAGACGAUCCCAAAAGGAUAGAGAAGAUGGAGGAGAAAAACCUGAGAGGGAAAGACCUCCUUACAGAGCUCCUUCAGAGAACUAUCCGCCCCGACCUAAGGGUCAGGAGCGAUACAGCCCCACACAGAUGGAUAGCCCCAGUCCACCUCCUUCCCCGCCCAACAGAGUGGACAACAGCAAAGGCAGCAACAGGUACCACCCGUCUGAGGCCGAAACAGAGAAAACAAGGUUGGAGGCGAAAGUUGGGGAAAGAGGGAGGGACAGGGACGCAGCAAGGAGGCCUGCAAGAUCUAGCCCCUCAGCCAGGAGGUCACGCUCUCCGCCCCAAAAGACCACCACCACCACCUCACCAGCCCGUCGCACUCCACCAAGGCAGUAUAAGGAGCCCCCGUCCCGAUCCCGGAGAGCGUCUCCUCCUCCACCGGCCUGGUCAGACAGGGAUAGAGAGAGGCAGAGGGACAGAGAGAAGGAGAGGGAUAGAGAGAGAGAGAGAGAGAGAGACAGAGAACGUGAGCGGGCUGCCAGAAGGAGUAGAUCCAGAAGUCCAAGGAGGCGCAGCAGGUCCAGGUCUAGAAGCCCGAGGAGGCGAAGCCCCCCCAGCAGGUCCCGUCGCUCUCCCUCUCCACAGCGGCGAAGGAGGAGCAGUCGCUCGCUCUCCCGAGAAAGAGGGAGAGAAAGGGAAAUUGAGAGGACCAGGCAGAGGGAGGUAGAACAAGAGAGACAAAGGGAAAAGGAGCAUCUGCACCCAAAAGAUAUAACCCACUCUGGCAGGUCUUCCUCCUCGUCAUCUUCCUCCAGCUCCUCCUCUUCCUCUUCAUCUUCACCCUCACCACCGCGAGAAAGGAAAGAGACAAAAACCUUUGUGGAGAAAGACAGGAGAAGAGAUCGAGAGGACGAGAAGAAAGAGGACAGAGAGCAGAAAAAUCGCUCUUCUUCUUCACAGGGCCCUUCUAGAGACUCAUCCCAUGCUCCAUCCUCAGGUAGAAGAGGCUCCCAGUCAGACUCCAGGCGCUCUGAUGUGACCUCCAGAAGGUCUCCGGCUGGCAGCCAACCUGACAACAAACAGACGUCACGAGGUCCAAGCAGAAAACAGUCACCACCAGCGGCCCCUCAACCGACAGACCAAACAGUCAGAAAUGAGAGCACUGUAAACGGCAAGGAGGCAAAAGCAAACAGGGAAGUUAACAAGGAAGCCAACAGGAGCAGCAGCUCCAGCUCCUCUUCGUCCUCUUCCUCCUCCUCUUCUUCCUCAUCUUCUUCGUCCUCUUCAGAUAGUUCUGAUUCUGAGGUGGAGCAAGGAAAGGGGAAGACAACCAAAGCUCAAAGCAGUCCUUCAUCAGCCUCCUCAUCUGACAAUGAAAAGGAAACAAAGACCAAGAGCCCUGACAGGCCUCAGAGGGUGCCGGCUGAUUCGCUGAGAGAUUCUCGCUCACUCAGUUAUUCUCCUCCAAGAUACAUGAGAGCAGCGCCGUCCUCGCCCAGCCACAGGAGUGGCAGCAGGCAGUCACCAAGCCGCUCAUCAACCAGCAGACGAAGGAAGUGAGCUGACAGCUCAGAGACACCUCACUACUUCUUCUGUGUUGUUUCUCUGUUCACCUCCAGCUGGUUUGAACUGGGCUAAAACAUGGACUUGACAGCCAGCGGUCAGUAGAUACACAUCUGUGAAGGUCAGGGGACUCGUUUUGGUUCUGAGCCACCACACAGUAAUCAGCAAUGUGUUUGUUUUUUUUAAGCAGCGAUGACCCAAGGCUGGCUUGUACAUUUAUUUUUAUGAGCUGAAUAAGAAAUGUACACAUUGACACACACAAACACAGCUAAGUAAACUGUAACUCUUUACAAUGUUCCUCUGUACUUGUACCGUUCAUUGCGUUCUACCUGUAGAUAUGAGCUGUCAGUAUUUUGGUUAUUAUCAUGUAACAGAUAUGCGAUUUCCAUUUAAUGUGAGCAGGAACUGAAACGUGGUUGAUUUCUUUGUUGAAAAUGGUUAAUAAUAAUAAAAGGCAAUUGUACAUUUUA